AUGUUUCUUCGAAAUAUAUCAUCUAAAAUAAUAUCAUCGACUAUUCCAACUUUUAGAAUUAAUAGCAUUGCAUUUUUAUCUCGUGGAUAUAGUACAAAAAAAUAUACCAAAGAACACGAAUGGAUAGAAAUUAAAGAUGAUGAAGGCUCAGUUGGAAUUAUAGGUAUUACAGAUUAUGCACAAAAUUCUCUUGGUGAUGUAGUUUAUGUUGCAUUGCCUGAGAUUGGACUUGAAGUUAAGAAAUCAGACGUUCUAGGCUCAGUUGAAAGUGUUAAAGCUGCCAGUGAUAUCUAUGCUCCUAUUAGUGGUAAAGUUGUUGAAUCUAAUGAAAAAUUACUAACUGAACCUGUUUUAAUUAACAAUAGUUGGUUAUGUAAAAUCAAACUCUCCGAUUCAUCAGAAUUAAAAGAAUUAUUGGAUGAAGUUAUACGUUUAACAAAAAAGCAAUUUUUAAUGCCUGGAUUUGUGGACACUCAUACACAUGCUCCACAAUAUCCUAACGCUGGUACUGGAAUGGAUCUUCCAUUACUUGAAUGGUUGAAAAAGUACACUUUCCCACUUGAAAAAUCCUAUUCGUCAAUGGACUUUACCAAAAAAAUCUAUCCAAUUGUAGUAAGUCAUUUGUUACGUAAUGGCACUACAACAGCUGUUUAUUAUGCAACCAUUCAUUUGGAAGCUAGUAAAUAUCUGGUGGAUGUGAUUAAUCAGAAAGGUCAACGAGCGUUUGUUGGUAAAAUUAAUAUGGAUCGUAAUAGUCCAAUUGAUUAUAUUGAAGAAAAUGUUGAAUCUAACAAAAAAACAUGUCUCGUGGCUCCAAUACUAACUCCCCGAUUUGCUAUUAGUUGUUCUUCUCAAUUAUUAGAUUCCAUUGGUACUCUGGCAAAAAAAUAUGAUAUACCAAUUCAAUCACACCUUUCAGAAAAUACUGCAGAGUUAGAAUUUGUCAAGAAGUUAUUUCCUCAUAUCAAGAAUUAUACGGCAGUUUAUGAUCAUUAUGGACUAUUGAAUCAUCAAGCAAUAAUGGCCCAUGGUAUUCAUUUAUCAUCGGAAGAGAGAAAACUACUUAGACAACGUAAAGUUGGCAUAUCACAUUGUCCAAAUUCAAAUUUUGCUCUUCGAUCCGGAGUGUGCAAUGUUAGACAAUUGUUGAAUGAUGGUAUUAAAGUUGGUUUGGGCACAGAUAUUAGUGGAGGCCAUGCAAAAUCUAUGUUAGAUGCUAUAAGAAGUGCAAGUACAGCAAGUCGUGUUAUUCAUAUGGCGUCAUCAGAAAAAGAAGACGAAGAAUAUGAUGAUAAUGAUAAUAGUAUCAGUGCGUAUUCAAGCUUGACACUUUCAGAGUUAACAUAUUUGGCAACAAUGGGUGGUGCAGAAUUGGUAAAUCUUCAAAACGUUAUUGGUAAUUUUAUAAUUGGUAAGGAGUUUGAUGCGUUAUGGGUUGAUCCAGAAGCAAAGAAUUCGCCACUUGAUAUAUUUGAUAAUAUCGAUGAUGCUUUAGAAAGAAUUUUUGAAAAAUUUAUAUUUCUUGGUGAUGAACGAAAUCUUAAAGCUGUAUUUGUCAAAGGAAGAAGGGUGUCUGGUACUGAUAUAUAG